AUUGAGUCGAUCGUGCACCGUAGUUGUGCUCCAGCUAACGAGCGAGUAGGAUUGUAAAGAAUUUUCUCUGUUCGUGUUCCAUUCGUAAGCGUUGUUUUCGAUUUCCGCGUCGAUCUUCUCGCGUAUAACAAAUCAAUCGACGUAAAGAUGACUUCCCUACGAUCUUAUUGUUGAACGAGUUACUUAUGGAAAGGCAGUCAAAACCAGCCGUCAGUAUGAUGCAGGAGAUCACAGACCAGUCCUCCAGGACUGUCCUCCUGAAUACGUUUGUGGUAAAAAAGAAACGGUGCAGAGUCUACUUUCAUCGUGGCACUCUCAUCUGGGAAACGGAGAAACCUCCAUAUACGAGAUGGACACUACCGAUGACUGACGUGCUCGCCGUUCGUUACGGGGAUGAUUGGAUACAUGGGGUGAAUCUGAAGGAGAAACAACCGCCUCCAACAUCGCCUACCUCGCCCACCGUCUGCCCGACGAAUUUCAUUCUCCACUACGCUGUACGUGGACCAAAGAAUAAAUGGAGCCAUCAUAGUGUGACCAUGAGCCACACCGACCCUAGGCAAGUCGCCUCCUGGGUUAAAACCAUCCGAAAUUACCUCAUGGGAUUAACCCAUCGUCCUAGGAAGAUUUUACUAUUCAUCAACCCGUUUGGAGGGAAGAAAAAGGGUUUGAAGAUUUGGGAGAAGGAUGUACAGCCUCUAAUGACUAUUGCUGGCAUUGAUGCGAAGAUACUAGUUACAGAGAGGGUUGGCCAUAUUCGUGAUGUCCUCUUAAGCGUCGAUUUUACUGACUUCCAUGCGAUAGUAUGCAUCGGCGGAGACGGUACUGUCGCGGAGGUGAUCAACGGCCUGGUACUGAGGACCUCGAGGGAUCGACAAAUCGACCCGAAUAAUCCAGAAGUGAAUCUACCGACUCCUCGACUUCCGAUCGGAGUGAUACCCAGCGGAAGUACCGACACGAUCGCGUACAGCCUCCAUGGAACCACCGAUGUGCAAACGGCGACGAUACAUAUCAUUUUUGGCGACAGCACUGGCCUCGACGUCUCCUCCGUGCACAAUGACCAGUCGUUGCUCAGGCUAUACGCCAGCAUGCUCAGUUACGGCUAUCUAGGCGACGUGAUACGGGACAGUGAAAAGUUUCGUUGGAUGGGACCCCAGAGAUACGAUUACUCCGGUUUCAAGAAGAUCCUCGCGAAUAAAGGUUACGAAGGUGAGAUCCAGCUCCUAUCGGACCCUUGCCAUCCAGCAACCAGUACAAGAUGUAUAAAAAACUGCACCAGGUGCCUCCAACACAUGCACAACAGUAUUCCAGAUAAAGAAAUAACCAGAUGGUUGACUAUCAGAGGUAAAUUCUUCAUGGUGAAUGGUGUCAAUCUCGCCUGUGGUUGCUCCAGGAGCCCCAUGGGUUUCAGCCCUCAUUGUCAUGUCGGAGACGGUUGCGUAGACGUAAUUCUCGUCCGACAUACCUCGCUUUUUAACAAUAUCAGGAUGUUGUUGAGGUUGUCCAGCAAACAGAAGACUUUGUACGAUCUGCCGUUCGUCGAGGUGUAUAGAGCCAGGGAGUUCACGUUCCGCACCUUACCUACCUUGCACAUGCAGUCUAAUAGCGAGAUUAGCAACCGCUAUCUGAACUCGAGCCUGAGCGUAUGGAACUGCGACGGCGAGGUGAUCGAUAGCUCCAAUGUGAAAAUCAGGGUACACUGCCAACUAGUGAACAUAUUCACGAGACGAGCCCAGGAACCAGUUCACGGCCGGACCUGUUUCUGUUAGUGGCGAGUAGUAGUCGAUCUGCUGGUCACCAACGUUGCGUUGCUUAAAGUAAGAGAACGACAAACGCGCGUUUUCGAACGAACACGAUGGCAUUCAAAUCGCAUAGUUCCUUCGACUUGCCCUAAUUAAUCGUUAUCGCGAUAUCGACGUGUGGCGCGCGAGGACAACGAAUAAUUGUCCCGCACGGCGACCACAUCUCCAAAGAUUAUGGGUAUACCAUAACAUCUUUUCACGACUACGAAGAAACGUUUGUAGUUGUGAAACAGAAAAACUGUCUAAGAAUAUCGUUAAAUCUAUACUUUAAAGUUUACCAAUGUAUGAAAGUCGUAGAAUUGGUAACGAGGAAAUUGAAGAGUUUGAAAUUUUUUGGAAGAAGUUUGAAAUUCGGAAACAUUCAAAACACGCAGUAUUGAAUAUCUUGAAUAGUCCAUGACGUCGCAAUUCACAAGAUAUCGUCGUUGUUCGAGCGUUUGACUAACAGCGGAGCUUUCUACCGAAUACUCCGUGCGACGCGUGUCACAGCUAUGCCUAUCUGUCCGGUAUUUCUUCGAAUCAAGGUCUGAAACCACCAAGAUAGAUGUUAACGUCCAUGAAGACCACGAAGAAUACGGGACCUUACGUUUGCACAGCGAUACUCGGCCAAUCCUUUUCCCUUUUCCCUUCUUAUUAUUAAAUUAUAGCCUGUAAUUGUCGAACAUUCCAUCGUGGAUGUCUCCACUACGCUGCGACUCAGCCGAUAAAUUGUACUUACAGAGUUUUGUAUAACGGAGACCGGUUUUUCCGGUCUUUUCCCAACGUUGUUGCAGUGGUUGCGCAUUUUCGUACUUAAAAUACACACACAUACACAUUUGAGAUGCGAUUAUCGUAGAUUCGGUGCAUGGAUGGACUUUUCUCUGAAUGAGAUUUCUAAAGAUAUUACCAUUAGGGCGCUUAAGUUUACUCGAUAGAAGUUUAGAGUGUAUAGUACGAGCGUCGUCCUUAAGACUCCAUUAUAUAUUUUUCACCUGGAGGACGAGCCAAAGAGACGAAGAAAAGUGACUUAAGUGCUAUGAGUUCGCAAUCGAAGAAAAUAAGAAAAUCGUAAGAGAAUCGACGAAGUGUUGUUUGGAACUCUUUAAGGUAUCAGUAUAGUCAAUUGGUUUCUUGACGAGUUGAACUUUAGAAUCCAAUGGAAUUUACUAAUUUGGAUCAAUUUUCAGAUAAUUUUCCAACUCUGGCCGCCUAUGACAAUUCUAAAUUUCCAACAACGAAUGACCGAUUUUUUUUUACUUUCCAAAAACCUCUUAAAGUUUUCUAACAUAACUAUAUUCUGUAAGAAACGUUUCAAGACGUCAAAUGGUCAUCCAAACACGUGCAAAGAUACUUUGACUAAACUGAUAUCUUUGUGAUCCAAGCGUUUCGUCGUCGGUAGCAUUAGACUAGCGAUAUUUUCUUUAUGAAGCCCAAGAUGGCUGACUACCUGUACAGACAAAAAGAAAGAGAAAAAGAGAACACAUGUAUUUUCGUGAAACGAGCACGAUUUUAAGAAAGCUGCAUCUAUAGCUGUAGAGA